UCUCGCUCCGCUCGCAGCAAAAGCAUAACGAUGGCAGAAGUGGCUCCCGCUCCGGCCGCCGCCGCACCGGCCAAAGCUCCCAAGAAGAAAAGUGCCGCCCGGCCCAAGAAAGCCGGCCCCAGCGUCGGCGAACUCAUCGUCAAGGCUGUUUCGCAGUCUAAGGAGAGGAGCGGCGUGUCUCUCGCCGCUCUCAAGAAAGCCCUGGCUGCCGGCGGCUACGACGUGGAGAAGAACAACUCUCGCGUCAAGAUCGCUGUCAAGAGCCUCGUGACGAAGGGCACUCUGGUGCAGACCAAAGGUACCGGCGCCUCCGGCUCCUUCAAGCUCAACAAGAAACAAGCCGAGCCCAAGCAGAAGCCGGCAAAGAAAGCGGCGCCAAAGGCCAAAAAGGCGGCCGCCAAAAAGCCCGCCGCUGCUAAGAAGCCUAAGAAGGUUGCGGCGAAGAAGCCCGCAGCCGCCAAGAAAUCGCCGAAGAAAGCCAAGAAGCCCGCGGCCGCCAAGAAAGUCGCCAAGUCUCCAAAGAAAGCCAAGAAGCCGGCGGCCCCGAAAAAGGCGGCCAAGAGCCCGAAGAAAGCGAAGGCGGUCAAGCCCAAAGCGGUCAAGCCCAAAGCAGCCAAGCCCAAGGCGGCGAAAAAGGCCGCCCCCAAGAAGAAGUAAACACGCCGAUUUACCUUGGUGUCCUGUUUUUCCA